AAAGGGGUCUGAGCAGCACGCCUCAGUCUGAAAAGUGCUGUGUUACGUCAGCGGAAGGAGGUGUCCCAGAUCUUCUCAGCUGUCUUGGUACCAGCCUUCCCAGUCUUCUUACCCACACUCAGCCAUAAUGCCUCGGGGUCAGAAGAGUAAGCUCCGUGCCCGUGAGAAACGCCAGGAGACCCAUGGUCAGCCACAGGGUCUCACAGGUCCCCAGGUCACUGCAGAGAAGCAAGAAGAGUCCCACUCUUCCUCAUCCUCUUCUCACGAUUGUCUGGGGACUCGUCGUAGGUCUUCUGAUGCCUCCGUUCCUCAGGAGUCUCAGGGAGUGUCACCCACUGGGUCUCCUGAUGCAGUUGUUUCAUGCUUAAAAUCUGAUGUGGCUGCUAAGGGCCAAGAUGAGAAAAGUGCAAGCACCUCCCCCAAAGCCUCCAUUCCUCAGGAGUCUCAGGGAGUUUCACCCACUGGCUCUCCUGAUGCAGGUAUUUCAUGCUCAAAAUCUGAUGUGGCUGCCAAGGGCCAAGAUGAGAAAAGUGCAAGCACCUCCCUUGAAGCCUCCAUUCCCCAGGAGUCUCAGGGAGCUUCACCCACUGGCUCUCCUGAUGCAGGUGUUUCAUGCUCAAAAUCUGAAGUGGCUGUCAAGGGUCAAGAUGAGAAAAGUCCGAGCACCUCCCCUGAUGCCUCCAUUUCUCAGGAGUCUCAGGGAGCUUCACCCACUGGCUCUCCUGAUGCAGGUGUUUCAUGCUCAAAAUCUGAAGUGGCUGUCAAGGGUCAAGAUGAGAACAGUCCGAGCACCUCCCCUGAUGCCUCCAUUUCUCAGGAGUCUCAGGGAGCUUCACCCACUGGCUUUCCUGAUGCAGGUAUUUCAGGCUCAAAAUAUGAUGUGGCUGCCAAGGGUCAAGAUGAGGAAAGUGUAAGAGCCUCACAGAAAGCCAUCAUUUUUAAGCGCUUAAGCCAAGAUCCUCUAAAGAGGAAGGCGUGCGCAUUGGUGCAAUUGCUGCAGGAGAAGUUUGAGAAGAAAGAGUCCAUUUUGAAGGCAGACAUGCUGAAGCGUGUUGGCAAACGUUACAAGCACUACUUCCCUGAGAUCCUCAACAGAACCUCCGAACGUUUGGCGGUGGCCUUUGGCGUUGAAUUGAAAGAAAUGGAUUCCAGCGGCGAGUCCUACACCCUUGUUAGCAAGCUGGGUCUCUCCAGUGAAGGAAUUCUGAAUGAUGCUAAGGGGCUGCGGAAGUCGGGUCUCCUGAUGUCGGUCCUGGGUGUGAUCUUCAUGAAAGGUAACCGUGCCACUGAAGAGGAGGUCUGGGAGUUCCUGAGUUGUUUGGGGAUCUAUGCUGGGAUGACACACCCAAUCUAUGGGGAUCCCCAGAAGCUCAUUACUGAGGAUUUGGUGCAAGAUAAGUACGUGGUUUACCGGCAGGUGCGCAACAGUGAUCCUCCACGCUAUGAGUUCCUGUGGGGUCCACGAGCCCAUGCUGAAACCACCAAGAUGAAAGUCCUGCGUGUUUUGGCCAAGAGCAAUAACACCAGCCCUGGUUUAUACCCCCAUCUGUAUGAAGACGCUUUGAUGGAUGAGGUAGAGAGAGCAUUGAGACUGAGAGCUUAAGGCAGAACUGGCACUAUUCCCUUGGCCAGGGCACCUUAUGGGGCCACAUCCUACAGAUCCUCCCAUUUCUAGGGAGGUCUGAAUUAGAAUUUUCGCUUUAUGUUAGAAGAGAGUAAUGAGCCUUCUAAGUACUGCAGUAUAGUAGAGGCUGGAGGGAACAAGAUAUAUCUCUUUCUUUUGUCUUGUUAUACAUGAGUAACUUGUAGAUUUAUGUUUUAUUUCUUUGUCAAUUUUUAAGAUUGUUUCUGUUAAGUGAAGGUUUAUUUUGCUUCAGAUUAUACAGUUAUCAAAAACAUAGCUCUCACAUUCAUGGCUGUUUAACCAAUUUGAAAGUUACGGUUUGGGUAUUAAUAAAACAAAAUCACACAACAUAUUUUCGUUGUAAUUCAGAACUAGAUAACAUGGUAAUAGAAAAUGGAUUUUGAUAUGAAUUUUAAGAACUCCACAGUAAAAAAGUUGACAUCAUAAUAUGACGAGAAA